AGUCGUUCGCGCGCCGCGCGAUGGCAUGGACGCUCAAUCAUAGCGACAAUUUAAACAUUUUAUCCAAUAUAUGUGACACGUAAAUUUGCUUUGAAUGAAACUUUUCGCGUAACGAAAUAAUUGCGCGGUUGUGCAUGGAUUCAAGUGAAAUGACACUGUAGAUAAUCGACCCCUUUGAUUAGACUCUACGGUGGCCGUUGUACGGAGUAUCGCCGCUAAAAGAGUCCUGAAUAAUUCAUCAGAAUAUUUAGUCCUUACUAAGCUUCGUUUAUAUGUUCCAACUUUACACAUUGUAGAUAAAAUAAUUUCUGAAUCGAUUCGACGCAGUAAGUUUUACGCAAAAUCGAUUUUACUUUCAAUUUAAUUAAAAUGAGAAUCGAAAAAAAGCCAAUUUGAUUGUGUGAAAUGCUUUAUCGAUAAAAAAAACGUCGGCACUAAUGGCAAUUGACAAUAAGAAAGGUCACAAAACAUCAAUAGAAACGCCAACACAUUUAAUUAACUUGCAAAAAAAUGAACAUAGUAAGCUUUUUAGAUUUCAAUAGGGUGAUAGAUGAAUUGUUACUCGAUGAAGAUGCCAAAUUAGGAAAUAGUGAAUUUAGUGAGAGUCUCGUGUGUUAGCAUUUCAAUGAUGAAGUCUAUGUUAGUCGGAGGGAUUUUGACAUCGUGGGCCGUACUAGUGACAGCCACGGGAGAAUGGAGCGAAGAUGCUGAGGACUUAGUGUCAACAGUGGACGUGGAUGCGGUGCUUGGGCGAACAGCAUCUUUGCCUUGUGACGUCACACCAGAUACGAACGAAGACAGGGUCUAUAUGGUAUUGUGGUUCAGGAAGAGUGGGGGUAAACCCAUAUACAGUUUCGAUGUUCGAGGGAGGUCAUUCAACAAAGCGCUUCAGUGGUCUGACCCAGGAGCAUUUGGACCGAGAGCAUAUUUCGCUACAGUAGCCAGGCCCGCGGCGUUGACUCUCAGCUCAGUGCAGCUCGACGACGAAGGCGUCUACCGGUGUAGAGUGGACUUCAAGAACUCACCAACGAGAAACUUUCAGAUACGACUCACUGUUAUUGUGCCACCGCAUCAAAUGUUACUUUACGACAAAUCUGGUGCUGACGUGUCAGGUGUGGUGGGACCUUUAGAAGAGGGUGCGGCACUAGUUCUCGUCUGUGAAGUACGCGGUGGACGACCAGAACCUGUGGUCACAUGGCUCAUCGAUGGCUCCGCGGCUCCUCAAUACAUAGGUGUUAAGACUGAUACCCACGUGGUAGUAAAUCGUUUGGAGUUACAGCAUUUGAAAAGGGAAGACUUGAAUACGACGUUCAAAUGCAGAGCAGCAAAUACCGUAUUAGUUCCACCACAAGAGAAGACUGUUAGACUUGAGAUGAACCUGCCACCAAUAUCGGUAUCAUUGUUGAAUCGACCACACCAGUUGGUGGCUGGUGCUUCUACUACGUUACGGUGUGUGGCCAAAGGCAGUAGACCACCAGCACAAAUCUCUUGGUACAAGGAUAACAGAAGCUUUGAGAAGGCAGAGGUGAACGAGGUUUCAAACGAGACAUCGACUGUUGGUACACUAGCUCUUACUCCUCUACCAAGUGACAAUGGAGCGGUUGUAAAAUGUCUUGCUUCUAAUCCAACUUUACCAAUGAAAGCGAUCGACGACCAAAUUCAACUCAAUGUAGUAUAUAGCCCUUUGGUGUUAUUAAAUCUGGGAAGUACUCUCAAUCCAGAUGAGAUCAAGGAAGGUGAUGACGUAUACUUCGAAUGCAAUGUUAAGGCAAAUCCAAAAGAGCAUCGAAUUUCAUGGUUCCAUAACGAUAGGCCGGUGACGCAGAAUAUGACCUCAGGAAUUAUUCUGAGUACCCGCUCGUUGGUUCUACAAGGGGUGACACGCGAAGAAGCCGGCGGCUAUACAUGUAAAGCGACGAAUGUCAGAGGGGAAACAUCAAGCCCUAAAGUCAAAUUAAGAGUGCAAUAUGCCCCAGUUUGUGGAGAAUCUUCGCCCCAGGUUGUUGGCGCAGCAUUGGAUGAGGCAUUACGUGUACGAUGCUCAGUUCAUGCAGACCCUGCUGACGUCACAUUUCUAUGGCAGUUUAAUAAUAGCGGUGAAAGUUUCAAUGUUUCUCCGGCGAGAUAUGCCACAGUCAAUGGUAGUAUAAGCGAGCUCCGGUACACACCAGCUAGUGAAAGAGACUAUGGAGCGUUGACGUGUAGGGGAACCAACUCCGUUGGACGACAGGAGCAGCCUUGUGUAUUCCAAAUUGUUCCUGCUGCUCGUCCAUCUCCACCGAGAAAUUGCACGGUAUCAGCAGGAAAUCUUUCCAACUGGAUUGAAGAGAAUCACGAAGAAAUCGGUGACUCUUUGGUGGUGCGAUGCGUCACUGGUUACGACGGUGGAUUACCACAGUUAGUUGUAUUAGAAGCUUUAGACGCUGGCAGUGGUACUAUUAGAUUUAAUGUCACUGCUAACGAAACGGAUGGUGUAGCAGUUUUUCUAGUACCGGCGGGAGUGCUUUGGUCUACCGGUAACUCAUUACGUCUCACAGUGCAUGCAAGGAAUGAUAAGGGUGCUUCUGAACGUAUUAUGGUCCAUGCGCUCGCUUACCAGGACCCUGAAAGAAGAACAGACGGUAGUGUCCACCUCAUGGCUGGUAUGUCGAAAACUGCGUUUUGGGCGAUAAUUUUAACAAUCGUCGCGUGCUUAUGUGCCGGCACUUUUAUAGCGUACUUCCUUCGAAAGAAAAGGAGUAAGCCGCCUGUCAAGCAACAAACAUCAGAGUUACAGCUAAAUGCCGGUGAUGGACAGUACGUCGUGGCUUACACGUUAAAGCCAUCUAAACAGGCGCAGCCCGACAUUUUGAAUCCACCCCCUGAUGGCGUUACUCCCGUGAAAUCUGUAGAACAACUUAAAAAUGGACCACUCCAAGAGACCGAGUGGUAUGAGAGAGACAGCUCACUGCAUUCGCGCUCAUCCGACCAGCGAACUUUAUUAUCACCGAGAACGACAUCGGCAACGAAACCUAUAACUUCUGGAAAUUUGACGUUAAGUAGAAGAGAACACCUCAUAGCAGAAGAAAUUCCUGGACCAGAAAGUUGUGUGUAGUUAUUGUAGAGGAAUAGUGUUAAAUAAUAAAUUUGUAAUUUUUGUAAAUAGUACUUAAUUGUAAUGACUGUGAAAUUGUGAUAAAUAAAUUGUAAAUAAUUGAU